ACCGCCACAAAAUGAAAGAGCGCAACGAUCGUUCUUGUCGACUUUUUUCUUGUUUAUUAGAUAAUUACAAUUAAAAUUAAGAAUGGAAUCAAGUGAAGAUGAAGUUGACAAUGCAGAAGAUGAACCCAUGCUUUGUAAAUAUGGAACACAACUAACACCUUACGAAGCUGAUGAAAUUCCAUCAAAAAAACCAAUUCAGAUUGAAGAUCAAUUUGUAAAAGAUGAAAAUGGAAGGAGACGCUUUCAUGGUGCUUUUACUGGAGGCUUCAGUGCUGGCUAUUGGAAUACAGUUGGAUCAAAAGAUGGCUUCACUCCGUCUGAGUUUAAAAGCUCGAGAAGUGAAAAGCAAACAGUGAAAACAUUUCAACCAACUGAUUUUAUGGAUGAAGAAGAUUUAGGAGAAUUUGGAAUAGCACAUCAAAAAAUUCAAACAACCGAAGAUUUCUCAUCUGGAAGUAGCAAGAGAAAGUACGAGAAGCCAUCUGAAGGACCGAUUCCUGGUGAGCCGGUAUUGAAAAAUCUUUUGAAGCCUAUUCGUGAUAAAGCAGCAGUAAGAAUUCUCAAAUCUAUGGGAUGGCGAGAUCAUCAAGGAAUUGGCUCUCGUUUAACUUAUCGUGAGAAGAAAAGAACAAAUGAAAGAAAUCAGCGUGAAAUGUACAUCCAAACGAAAUAUGGCUGCGAUAUAGGACUAAUAAAGCAAAAGCAGGAUUCAGAAGAUGAAGAUGAUUUGUCAGAUGAUGAAAUUACUUUUGCACCAGAUGAUUUUGAUCCUUACAUUGCAAAUGUUAAAAACAAUGCUUUUGGUCUUGGCUAUUCAGGGCUUAAGCCAUCAUCUAUUUUAAGUUCAAAAUCCCAGCAUGUGAAUCUCUUUCAAACCUUUCAAGUUGUCGAUCGAAACAAUAAAAAAUUGUCGAUUAGAGGUCAAGCGUUUGGAGUUGGUGCACUUGAAGAGGAGGAUGACGAUAUCUAUGCAAUGGAUGAUAUGUCACGAUACGAUAGAUCGCUUGAUGAAGGAGAAAAAACAAAAAGAAAAUUGAAAGCUAUUAAACCAGUUGACUCAUCAAUCAUUGAAGGAUUUACAAAAGCAACAAUAUCAGAAACGACUGUGAAAGUCUUCACAGUUGAUUUACCACGAAGUUUUGAACCACGCAAUUGGCUGACAAGACAAUCACGUUUUGAGCCUAUUGAUGUAAAUCGAGCGAAGGCGUUAGAAGAAAAAAAUAAACAUAAAGUUUUAGGACUUGGUCGUCAUGAUUUUAAGCCUGAAGAGCGUGGUGCUUUAUUGAAUGAAAAAGUUGAAAAGAAUUCGGAGAAAAUAAAUUCCAUCAAAGAAAGUUCUACCGCAAAAAUUCAAGAGUCAGCUAUACGAAUAACUGAACUUCUAAACAGCAAACAAUUCGUCAGUGAAAAGAAUGAAAGUUUCAAGCCUUUUAUUGGUAAUCCUGAGAAACAGGAACGAUAUGACAAGUUCUUGACACUGAAAUCAAGUUCAAGUGAGAAGGAAGUUGAAAAAUUCCUUAAUGAUAUUCAACCCCUUUCAAUGUCAAAUUUCGACCGAGAAAUGGAACGAAAAGAAUUUAUGCAAGCGAAACGAAUGUAUCAACCUUUAGACUCGUUGAUGGGAAAUCGUUUUAUAAAAGAAACUGAUUUAAUCAGGGAAGAAAAUUCACAUAAAAAGACUGAAAAUGGUAAAAAAAUAAUCGUGAUUCACAGGACGAAAGUCAUGUGGAAGCCACACAAAGAUUUGUGUAAACGUUUCAAUGUUCCCGAACCAUUUGGUGGAAUGAUGUUUGAUGAAGACGAAGAGAAGAAUAGAAAGAAGCAAACGAGUUCAUUAUUUGAUUACAUUGGAGUUCCUUUAAAUACAAAAGCAAAUUUUGUUACACCUCAAGUUGUUCCUAGGAAAUUGGCAGUUGAUGACCGAAAGAAAAAUGCUGAAGAUGAGCAAAGAAAGAAUUUCUUGGCUGCUGUCGAAAAAGAAAAAUCAUUCAUGGCUGCUGAUACAAGCAAAAGAGCUGCUGCUAAAGAUUUUUUUGAAUCAAAUGAUGUUCCAACGGUUAAGAAACCUCCAACAGAGUUAAGGAAAGAAGCAAGAAAAGAACCCGCAGGUCCACCAAAGACCGAACUUGAAAUUAAAGUCGCCGAAAGUGUUCACAAAAAACCUCAAGAUAAGAAAGAUUUAUUUAAAGCGAUUUUUUGCGAUAGCGACGAUGAUGAUGAGGGUGACCAAGAUGACAAUGAGAAAACAAUUGAAAAAGGUUUAUCAGAAGCUCAAAAAUCAAGUUUCAUUGAAAGCUUUCUAAACACAAAAUCUGCAAGUGAAAUAAAUGUCUUACGUAAUGAUGAAGCUCCUCGAGGUAUCUUUAAAAGCAUUUUGACGAUGAGUUCUUCAAUGGAUGUCAACAAGUCUGAAGAAAAAGAAAAACCUGUAGAAGAUUUAUAUGGUCCAAAGCUUCCUGAUAAGGAUUUGCCUCAAACUAGCGCUUCUCAUGAAAGACUGUCACAAGCUUCAUCGUCAUCAGAGAGCGAUUUAGAUGAAAAACUUCUUAAAAAGUUAAAGAAACUUAAGAAAAAGAAAAAGAAUGAAGAGGAAUGGGUUGAGAAAGAUAAACUAAAUGAAAAGAAGAGUAAGAAGUAUAAGAAGAAACAUAAGAAGCACAAAUCGAAGAAUUCGAAAUAA